GAGUAAUUUCGAGAGGUUAGCUACUUGACUAUACUAUAUAUCUAUCUUUGUUGUUAGUAUUUAACGUCAGCCAAAUCCCUCAUCAUUAAUGUUAGCUAAGAGUUACUGGCUAACCAACCAACUGCGUCUAGUUAUGCUAACACUAAUCUUGAGUAACAAUAACGUUAGUGAACAAUACACAAUUAAGCGAUAUUGAUGUUUCUGCUUUUAGUGAGUUAUCGAAAUAAAUAUACGCCUACUGGCAGUUUGUCUUCGCUAUCGUUGAACAGUGGACGUCAAAUCUGAUUACAUCUACAUUCUGUUCAUCUGCUGAUUUGAGUCAUAUCGGCUUAUUGUCUUGCAUGGUGCUGGCUCAGCUAGUGUGUUAGCUCUAACGUUAGUUAAAACAACUAGAAUACCUAGUUAUGGCUAUACAAAACUAUGUAUUUACGGGUUAUGUUUGCAAAAUAAAGUAAAUGAUUCUAAGGUUUAUCCAUUAGGAUGAUUGUCCUUAAAAAACACUGUGCACAUGACGUAGAGAUACAUGGGUAAGUUAACUAAAUGGUGAUAUAAGCAGAUAACGUUAGUGAAACAACCAUUGCUAACCAUAGUUCUUCAGCUGAGUAGUCUCGGCCGAUAAGAACUACGACUGUUAAGCUACUUGCUUUUCUGUUUGUGUACCCAUAAACUUGCUGAUUUAUAAAUCAAACUGAUAACAACAAUAACCGUGAUGGAAAUGUUGUUAACUAACUUAUUCGCUGUAGAAACGAAUGCAUGUCCAUUUGGUUAGGCUACUGCCCAUGCAUCUUUACAGCUGUGCAAGUUGUCUCUGAUUCUCCCUGAAAGAUUCUACCAGCACACAAUUUAUAUUUCUCCCUGUUAAAUGACCCAGUUGUUUCUCCUCCCGAACCUUUUUUACUUCUCAACAUUGGCCUUCUUCGGGGAAAUGUCAGAGAUGUGCUCUCUCCUAGUGACCUAAAAUGUCAAGUAACCCACUUUGGAAGGUGGCUUAUUCUUUGAACGUCCAAAUAGUAAUUUUAGGGAAAUUAGAGCAACCUUUGGUUGUACUGAAAGGAUGGGGUUGCUUUCUUUUUGUAAAAUGAGGGGGUAAAAAAGCUUACCUUUCAUGCUCAGUUCUUGCAGUAACGUAGUUGCCAUGGAUAUUUGGCUGUGCUGUGCCCAUGCGUGUCUUGUCCAUUGAUCCUGGUCAUCUUUGUGUCCCUCCACAACAAUUAUCAUUUUAUUAUUAUAUUUUUUUUUAUUUGAACAAAGUCCAUUUAAUUUGUCUGACUGCUGUCAGUGUAGCACUUCCUAAAAGUCCUACAGCUGUGCGUAUCUUCAUACUUGGCUCCAGAGGUUUACAACCAUCAUAUCAAGCUCUUCUAGGUACUUCCUCUAUGUGUAACACUAAUGGGAAACCUUAUGAACUGACUUGCCUUGCAAUACCAGGUACCAGCCAUGGCUCGCGGGCACCAGAAGAUCCAGUCCCAACAGAAGAAUGCUAAGAAACAGGCGGAGAUUAAAAAAGCCAAGGGGCACGACCAGAAGGCAGCAGCUAAGGCUGCCCUUGUCUACACUUGCACUGUGUGUCGGACUCAGAUGCCGGAUCCCAAGACCUUCAAGCAACACUUUGAAAGCAAACAUCCCAAGUCCCCCCUGCCCCCAGAGCUUAAUGAUGUGGAAGCAUGAGAUUAGCCACUGAUACGGGUCCCCUCACCAUGUUGACCUCAGAGGCCUGUCAAAACUCCUAGGCCAUCUCUUGUGAAAUACCCCCCCCUCCUUUUCAGGACACUUGCUGCUGCUACUUUGGGAGCCUCGCAGCAGUGCCACAAAGCCAACUUAACACAGAUGAUGAACUCUCAGAGGUUUGAUGAUUAUCAUAUGUACAUCACACACUUUGAACAUGAUUACCAUAUUGUGCUUACUACUCACGCCACAGGCCAGGAGAGCUUGGGGACUAAUCAGUCGCUGAAUCAACCUCUUUUGUUAAAAAAUGUUGUCCUUUGAUUUUUCAGCCUGUGUGGCACAGAUUAUUUUUUAGGUGUGUGUAUGCAUUCCCUUUUUUUCCCAAGAACAGUUUUGAUUUGUUCCAAGGUCUGGUAUAUCUACAUGUUGUGUGCGGAUUGUGCAACAUGUUUUCAUGUUUUUUUUGUUUUUUUUAUGCCCCACAGUUCAUUGAAAAGAUAAUAAUUUGAUGUGUUAUAGUUGGAGUUAUUUGGUGUCCUCUUAUUUCAUCAUUCCUUUUGCCAGCAACAUACUCAUAUUCUAUCUAUAUGCAGGUUUUACGCAGAACUCUUGUGAAUAUGUGCAUAAAUCCAAUUUUAUACUUUAAUUUUAAUAAUACUGAUUUCAGUGUACACAUUGAUUUGGUAUGCAUUCAUUUUGAUUAGCAUAUUCUGCAUUAUUUUUAUAUGGCUCCAGUAAGUUGAAGACCCUUUUAUUUUUUUUUUUUUUUUAUUUAUUUUUUUUUGUUAAAAUUGAAAACUUAAACACAAUCACCAAAGUUUUAUAAAGUUGAAAUGUAUGUCCCAACCAAUGUUUCAUUUUCAUUCAUUUUCAUUGUGUAUGUUUUACUAUUAGGACCUAAUGGAGCUGGUGGAUUAUUAAGUAAUUUUUUUUAAGAUUACUAAGUAAAUGACUGAGGACACUGGUGUUCUGUAAAUCGAUGUACUGUAAUGUCACUGAUGCGAAGCGGCACUGUAUUUGCCCAUUGGACUGGCCUUAACGGCAGCUGAUGUUCAUCCCAUAACUAUGUCUGUACCUCUGUGGUGUAUUAUAACAAUUUAAUAAAGUGUUACUUUGGUAAAGUU